CACCGAUAGUACCGCCGCCUCCUCCUCGUCAUCAUCGUCAUUGUCACCUCAAAAGGCUGCGAUACUAUGCGCGCGGCAAUGAUAUCGAAAGAAUGGCGAGCCAUCGGCGUUAUAUCGUCAGACCGAUAAACCGCUCCGCUCAAACAAGCAAAUCUUCUUGCCAACAAACAAAUCCCUCAAAAGCAAAUACAAGAAGCAAAAGCGCUGCUCCUAUACAGGUUCCUUCGGCCUUCGAUUCGCUCGAAUUCCGGAGCUGGACGGACCCAUCAUCUCGACCUCGGGUCGGCUCCGGACGGUUGGGCGAUCAUGCAGGUAAUCCAGGCUCCCAGAGGAAGCAGUUCCCAGACGGACGUCGGGACGAGAUAUGCGCCUACGCUACGAGUCGCCGUAUCGAUUGAGGCUUCGCAGUACCAAGCAGACCCCGCGGAUCCAUCAAGGCACAA